ACCCACCCUUAACAACAAAAGACACUUCACAAUCUUUUCAAAUGACAUGACCAGUGAGGUCAGUGCCACUGGUCUGAAGUCAUUUAAACUCUUUGUAGUGUUGCUCUUUGCCACUGGAACAAUAAUGGACUCCUUCCAUGCCUUUGGGACCCUUCUCUGUUCCAAGGACAUCUCAAAAAUAUCAGUGAACACCCCGCAGAGCUGUUCUGAACAGCACUUUAACAAUCUCCCAGUAAUACCAUCUGGACUCAGACUUUUAUUGACCUUAUUUCCCUUAAAAACGGACCUAACAUCUUCUUGUGUAAUUGAGAAUGGUGUGGACUUUACCAGAGCUUGCUCUGAAAAAGUGUUCAAUGCUUCAGAUAAAUCGUUAUCGCUCUUAUACAUUGGGAUAUGGGCUGGCUUGUUUUGUGUUUUAUGCAAACCUGUCAUUCUUUUAACACGGUCCCAUGCUGCCUUCAAGUUGUUACUUCCCAGUCUCUCCUCUAUCUUAUUUUUAUAUUGUAAUUUAGCCCUCUUUAUUUCUGCUCUGACCUCCUUAGUUGCCUCUCUAUUUUCAUCCUCUUCCCCAUUGUGAAAAAGCACUGUUUUUUCAUAAGCACUUGUUUCAGGGAAAUAGUGACCCAUGGCUUAUUAUUUGCAAACACUUCAACAUACAUAUACCAGUAUCUUGCCCACCAGUAUCCCUUCAGAAGCAUUUAUAUCGAAAUUAGAAGAUACGAUUAACAUACCGUGAUAUAAUACCGUUACCGUCUAUGCCUCAAAUAAUUCGAUAAGAAGAUGGUGAGAAGCGGUGUUUUGAAAGGAUUGGCCUUUAGCCUGGAUCGCACUCCCCCGCGCUUGCCUCUCUUUUGCUAAGUAGCCUAUUGGGUACGCUAUAUUUAAUAUCUUGUAUAUAUACGCAGAUGCAGAUAAAAAUGAGUGUUCUCAUGCCCUUUGAUCCUUUGCUUCCAGUGAAGUGAAUCUUUCUGGUGAAGCUGGGUGUGGAUUGGUUCAUCUCCUGUCUCUUUUCAUCUUGCCGGGAUGAGACUUUUUUUCGCACCGAUGGACCCUCCAACUUUUCCUAAAAUAACUGAAAAUCCAAAAGCAAGGCUAAAUGAUCAAAACUUGUCCAAAAUGACCUAGCUAAGCUAAAGCUCAAACAGCUGUAUCUACUCUGUGGUUAUGUUUCAGGAUGUUGUAUGUUUUUCUUAUUGUGACGCUGACAUAGUGUGGAGUCGCUGGAGCAGAAGAAGACGGCGUGCUACGACAUCGACGUAGAGGUGGACGACCCCCUGAAGGGCCAGAUGAACGGCUUCCUGUCCUCCACCACCAACCAGCAGGAGAUUGCCGUGCUGGAGAUGAAGAUCCACGAGACCAUCGAGUCCAUCAACCAGCUGAAGACCCAGAGAGACUUCAUGCUGAGCUUCAGCAACCACCCCCAGGACUUCAUCCAGGACUGGCUCAAGUCCCAGAGCAGGGACCUGAAGCUGAUGACGGAUGUGGCGGGGAACCCGGAGGAGGAGAGGAGGGCAGAGUUCUAUCAGUCUCCCUGGUUACCAGAGGCUGUGGGCCGAUACGUCUACUCCAAGGUGCAGCAGCGGAGGCAGGAGCUGGAGCAAGUGUUGGGCAUUCGGCUCACUUGAGCACAUGGCCGAUCCAGCGUUCUAGAUUUCUCAGGCCUUCACUUCCUCUUUUUGGGAUUUCCACACGUUCAGUGUUUCUGCUAGAUUUGUUCUUUUGUGUAAUCCUUAAUCCGAUUUUUGCUUUAAAUUGCCAAACAAGCUCACGUUUUAUACGAUUAUCUUGUGGAACCAAGGGCCAGCAGCGUUUCCGUGGUUAUCUCGCCCGUUGCCAUGGUUUCUAGUCCCAUGAUAAUAAUUUGACCACAUACUUUUUGGGGGCCAUUCUGUGAUAUUAUAUAUGAAAUAUAUAAAAAAUAGUUUGACAUGCUUUAUUCACUUUUUAAUGUUGAACCUAAGCCAGGUUCAGGCCGACUUGGCCUUGUCUCAUAUGUAUGUGGUACGGUGUGCUGAGGCAGUGGUGCUUCCUUUCCUGCUAUUUUUGUGCGUGUGCGAUCAGCAACAGUUGUCUUGUGUUGGUCCUACUUUGGAAAAGCCAUACUCUGUAGAGGGAAAUCCAAGCCAACAUUUUGUCCUAUCAGUGAGUGAGCGGGUGGGAUGAAAUUGGUGUUUCUAUCAGAUAUAUCCAUUUUAUUGCAAUGUUAUGUACAUGUUUGUGAUUGGUUAAACAGUUUGGUUUAUCUACUGAUUUUUUAAUUUCUUAUGCAAUAUGCAACAAUAAUCAAAGGCAUCUAUGGAGGGUCUUGUUUAUUUGUAUUCUUUGUGAAAAUCUGUUUUUAGGGGGGUCCACUUGUGUCCAGCUGUUCUGACUCAAUAGAGUGGAGGGGUUGAGAUUUUUUUGUACCACUUGAAUGUUGCCGUGCUGUUCCAGUGUGUUGUGUUGAGUGUCCAUGUCUCCAAGCCAGGAAAGGGAGUUCAUGCUAGGCUAAGUCUGGGGGGCUUCCUGGAAGCUGUAACGCUUGAGUCGUAUCCCCUGAGGUGGAACCGCUUUUGAUUACACAGGAAUGUAAAUGCAAUCACAUUGUAGUAAUGAACCAUCUCGAUCCGUGGUUCGCCGUGUUUUGGAAUCGUUCUAUGUUUGGGGAAGAAUUGUGAAGCUAGCCGGACCCUUGGAUGGGUCUAAACAGUCCAUGUUGUAGCACUGUCUAAAACUGUUCUAAUGAAACCGUUUGGACUUUGUGAAAUGGUGCUGUUUAAGUUCUUUAUUUUUCAUAUAAAUGUUAAUGAGAAAUGUUUGCGUGUUUUAUGGUUCAUCAAAUGAACCAUAUUAUCUUUUUAUACCUUUUUGAUAUAUUUUAAUAAAAUAUCCAACAGAAUAUUCUGUCACAAAUUAUUAUGAAAUUGACUUAUAUAGGCUAUACUGUUUUCUUUCGCAGGUAACUUUGCAGGAUUCUUUGUUGGUGCAAUUCCAAAACGUUAAUAGAUGUAAAAUAGGGAUGAUGAAGAUAUUAAUGACGAUACUUUUGUGGUUAUUUUCUUAGGUUUUUCUUACUUUAUUUUUAUUCUAUUUCUCAUUUAUGUUGCUUUCUGAUGUGUAUUCUCACCCUAUGAGAGUAAUACCUGGCGUUAUAAAGAUUCAAUGUUUAACCACUAAAAAACAUUACCGUCUAACACUGUUUCUAUGUGCUACUUGUUGUAAUAUAAUAGGCUUUCAUGUGGCAGUAUUCAUGCCCAGACUAGCUGUUUUUGGAGGUUUCAGAGGACAGUUUUAAAUUGGCUAGACUGGUCAAACCUGUAUCUGAUUCUCGUUACAACUAACAAAGGCUUUUCUGUAAUUGCAUGCUGUACACAUUCCAUUCUGCACUUAAUGCAUUGGAUUAAUCUUGAUUAAUCAAUACACUACAAUUAUACACUUCUAUAAAAAAAAAAAACUAUUAU